GUAAUAUUCGUGUAUAACUAGUACUCCACGGUGAGCCCAGAGAGGAUCGAGAUCCUGUUUGCGGCAUCUCCUUGCGCUCUCCACUCUGCGAUGGCAUCCGCUCCUGAGGAGCACCCCCAAGAUGACGACGAGAUCACCUCCCCGCUCUUGCAACCAUCGCCGUCGCGCAGCUCGCCGGAGGACAGCGUGGAGCAGGAGAACUCGCCGAUCGAGCAGGUGGCGCUGACGGUGCCAGUGGGCGACGACCCGGACAUGCCAGUGCUGACGUUCCGGAUGUGGGUGCUGGGCACGGCGUCGUGCGUCGUGCUGUCGUUCCUGAACCAGUUCUUCUGGUACCGCAAGGAGCCCCUGAGCAUCACGGCCAUCUCAGCGCAGAUCGCGGUGGUGCCGCUGGGCCACCUCAUGGCCGCGGCGCUGCCGGAGCGCGCCUUCUUCCGUGGGCGUCCGUGGGAGUUCUCCCUCAACCCGGGGCCAUUCAACGUGAAGGAGCACGUGCUCAUCACCAUCUUCGCCAACUCCGGUGCCGGCAGCGUCUACGCCAUCCAUAUCGUGACCGCCGUCCGCGUCUUCUACGGAAAGCACAUCUCCCUCUUCGUCUCCCUCGUGGUCGUCAUCACCACCCAGGUCCUGGGGUUCGGGUGGGCCGGAAUGUUCCGGCGGUAUCUGGUGGAGCCGGCGGCGAUGUGGUGGCCGUCCAACCUCGUGCAGGUUUCCCUGUUCAGGGCACUUCAUGAGAAAGAAGAGCGGCGCAAAGGUGGCCUGACGCGCAACCAGUUCUUCGUGGUGGCAUUCGUCUGCAGCUUCGCCUACUACAUCUUCCCGGGCUACCUGUUCCAGAUGCUCACCUCCCUCUCCUGGAUCUGCUGGAUCUUCCCCCGCUCCGUGCUCGCCCAGCAGCUCGGCUCGGGUCUCAGAGGCCUCGGCAUCGGCGCAAUUGGUCUCGACUGGUCCGCCAUCUCCGCCUACCUCGGGAGCCCUCUCGCUAGCCCUUGGUUUGCCACCGCAAACGUCGCCGCAGGCUUCUUCAUCGUCAUGUACAUUGUCACGCCGAUUGCAUACUGGCUCAAUGUCUACAAGGCGCAAACCUUCCCCAUCUUCUCAGAUGGCCUCUUCACCUCAACUGGCCAAAAGUACAACAUCUCGAGUAUCGUGGACCCCCAUUUCCAAUUUGAUAUCGAGGCCUACGAGAAGAACGGCCCGCUGUACCUCAGCACUCUCUUUGCUGUCACAUAUGGUGUUGGUUUCGCAUCCCUUACCGCGACAGUCGUCCAUGUGCUCCUCUUCCAUGGAAGUGAAACUUGGCAGUUAAGUAAAUCAGCUUUCCAAGAUACAAGGUUCGACAUCCACACAAAGCUUAUGAGGAGAUAUAAGCAGGUCCCUGGGUGGUGGUUCAUCUGCAUCCUUGUCGGAAACAUCGCCAUCACCGUAUUUGCUUGCGAGUACUACAUUGAGCAACUCCAGUUGCCAUGGUGGGGUGUUCUGCUGGCAUGUGCCAUUGCCUUCUUCUUCACCCUCCCAAUCGGGAUAAUCAAAGCCACAACGAACCAGACUCCAGGCUUGAACGUGAUCACGGAGUACAUCAUGGGGUACUUGUACCCCGGACGACCCGUUGCAAACAUGUGUUUCAAGGUCUAUGGCUACAUCAGCAUGAAACAGUCCCUGAUGUUCCUGCAAGACUUUAAGCUGGGUCACUACAUGAAGAUUCCCCCAAGGACCAUGUUUAUGGCUCAGGUGGUGGGAUCUCUGAUCGCCGCGGUUGUGGACAUUGGAACAGCAUGGUGGCUGAUGGAGACAGUCCCCAACAUCUGCAACACCGAGCUCCUACCACCCGGGAGCCCUUGGACCUGCCCGGGCGAUCACGUGUUCUACGACGCAUCCGUCAUAUGGGGCCUCAUUAGCCCGCGCAGAAUCUUUGGCGACUUGGGCAACUACUCGGCGGUGAACUGGUUCUUCCUGGGUGGCGCCAUUGCCCCCCUCCUCGUGUGGCUCGCGCACAAGGCGUUCCCGCGCCGGAGCUGGAUCUUGCUCGUCAACAUGCCUGUGCUCAUCGGCGCAAGCAACCAGAUGCCGCCGGCUACGGCAGUGAACUACACCACAUGGAUACUUGUUGGGUUCCUGUCAGGUUAUGUGGUCUACCGGCAUCGGCGCAGCUGGUGGGAGCGGCACAAUUACCUGCUUUCGGGCGCACUGGAUGCUGGUCUGGCGUUCAUGGCUGUCCUGAUUUACUUCUGCCUAGGCUUGCAGGACAUUGGUUUCGACUGGUGGGGCAAUCACUUAGAUGGAUGCCCUCUGGCUUCUUGCCCAACUGCUACAGGUAUAGUUGUCAAAGGAUGCCCAGUGCAGAUAUAGCUGCAAAGGGAAAUUUUUACACGUGGAUGCGCACGCAUAGCUUAUCUCGUUUAUUUAUAUUGAGAUUCAGGUUAAAAGGAGAGAUGAAAAAAAUCAUAAGGAAGGUGAGCGAACGAAACUAUAUAUCAAUUUUGCUAUGUGUGAAAUUACCAUUUGUCA